GAGAGACGCACAAAUGUAAAAUGAUGAUUAUAUUUUAAACACUUCAUCCUAUUUUUUGAGCCAAAUCCAGAAGACGCACGUUCUCCGCAGCAUCUGUUUUUGUCUGCAGCGUCUUCAGGUCGUAUGCGCCAGACGGAAGCCAUCGGGACCCAUGAGGACUCUUUAUUAAGUGUUGGCGAUGUUAACACAACACGGACUCCAUGCUUCAGCCAGAUGUUCCAGAUGUAAACAUCUCUGAGCACAGAGUGUGACUGCUGAGUCAUGACGCUCAGCACACGUACCUGCGUCACCUCUGAGUUGCUUUGAAGCCCGUGUGCGUGGUCUUUGGUCCUUGAGGGUCUGGCAUUUGCUGUCUGACUUGAUUCAACACACACGUAUAUUUUCAGUUUAAAAAAGAAUUUCGGUAAAACUGGUAAUUAUUUUUUUUAUAGUUUUAUAUAGUUUUUAUAGUUAGCAUCAAUAAGAUAUUUCAUUCCACAAUUUCAGACAGUUUUGGAUUAUGUUGCUGAGGAUCUACAGUACCUCUAAAUCCCAGGAGGAACAUGUAAGAAAUGUUCAGUCAUAAAACAAUCAGGCAGGCUGAAUGUUAAGAAGCUUAAGAAGAAUGAAAUGUGGGCAUGACUAGCAAAUCACUAUGGACUUUGUCCUAAGCUGCUCUUGUGAAACAUGAACAGAACUGUAAGCAGGGCACGUUUUUAUUAACACUGAAACAAUGUUGUUAUAUGAUAGUUUCCUCAGAACAACCUGCACACAUGUGUCACUUGGUGUCCUGUUUAUGUGUUGUUAAAUAAAUAUCAAUAAUUGAUGUAGACCAUCAACUUGUCUGUAGUAAGUUCAGAUUAUGGGUCACCAUCUAUCUUUGUCCACACUGGGCAGAUAUCAGAGGUAAAAGGUCAAAUCCCUCUGUAGGUAAUAUGUUAAUACAGAUGGUUUUGUUUUUUACAUUACAGUGAAUAACUACCACAACAGUGUCAAAUUGUUUAGCCAAUCGUGAUAAAAUACACGGAAGUGACAUUUUCACGUGUAGCCGGUUCCUGGCAGUCCGUUUGUCAACUCUCCGGCGGAGAACGCGAUCUCCCGAAGGACGUGAACGCGGCACGCGGAGCCGACAGGUACCUCCACCUGCUGGCCGGUCCACCAACUACAGGCAGGCGGAGCAACACAUCCCUCAGCGCGGAGCAGCCCAGACGGAGGGAGGACAGAGAAGCACGGCGUGACAGCGAGCAGAUGUGAUCCGGGCUGCGGAAAGAGAUCGAGCUGUACGGAACCGAACCCGCGACCCUGCUAAUAUGUGGCAACCCGCGUCGGAGCGACUGCAGCACUUUCAGACCAUGCUGAAGACCAAGCUCAAUGUGCUGACACUGAAGAAGGAGCCGCUGCCCACGGUGAUCUUCCACGAGCCCGAGGCCAUCGAGCUCUGCUCCACCACGCCGCUCACAAAGAGCAGGACUCAUGCCGGAUACAAGGUGACCUACCUGGGGAAGGUGACCAUCUCCGGGACCCAGUUCCUGUCCGGCUGCACGGAGUCGGCGGUGGUGGGUCUGGUGGAGGGCCGCGGCCUGGCCCAGCAGCAGGGCACCCGCCCCGCCGGCAGCUCUCUGCUGGAGAUCCGGCCCUUCCAGGUGCGCCUCCACCACCUGGACGGGCGCGGCGAGGCCUCGCCGGACGUGGACACCUACCAGGUGGCGCGCAUCGCCUACUGCACGGCCGACCACGGCGUCAGGCCCAACGUGUUCGCCUGGAUCUACCGGGAGAUCAACGACGACCUGUCCUUCCAGAUGCACUGCCACGCCGUGGAGUGCGAGAGCAAGCUGGAGGCCAAGAAGCUGGCCCACUCCAUGAUGGAGGCCUUCCGCAAGACUUUCCACAGCAUGCGCAGCGACGGGCGCAUCCACAAGAGCGGCUCGUCGGACGACUUUGCCGAGGACUCGUCCACCCCCGAGGACUCGACCCCGGACGACGGCUGAGGGGACGCGGCCCUGAACUCCCCCAUUUCAGCAAAGCAAGGGGUGACUGGAAGGACGGACAGGCUCCCCGCUCGCGCUCAUUCUCUCCUACUGUCUCUUUCUGUUGUCAAUUUGGAACUAAAUUGCCCGACCCUUUGAAACAACGCGCCCGGGACGAAGACGUAGCGUCCAGAGCUCUACUUAUUCACCGGGAAAGCAAAGCGCUGCCUCUUUCAAACAAGGAGGCCUUCGAUGUGCGUCUGUAAAUGCCCAAGAGAUUGAUUCAACACGUUUCCCUGUUCGACCACCGUCACUCCUGCAUCUCGCAGAAACUCUGUUGGUGGCUUUUAAGCCUUUCCAUCCCGGAACAAAACCAAGGGCACUCCCUCUUCUUCUGACCCCAGAUCAUGGAAGCCUAUUGCUACUCUUGCCAUGUGGGGACCCAGCAGAAAUAGGCCCGUGACCUAUUUUGGAUCCCAACCCAGUGUUUAUGAAACUGCUGGAGCACAUAAAUUCCUUAAAUGUUUAAUUAUGUGAAUCUCGGUUUUAAUGCCUUUGACCUCGGUAACAGAAAAUGAGGGCGUAAAAGAGAAGCUAAGCCUUUGAGGACGACUCAUAUCAUCACUAUGGUACCUUAGUCCAACCUUGAAAUGAUUUGCCUUGCGAAGUACAGUAAUGCAUGCAGACUUUGGUUCCAGAACUAAAUCUGUUCUAGUCUAAUAGGUACUUAAAUAUCCAGAGAUUGUUGAAAGCACCUGGAGAAUUAAGGUGCUAACUAGAUGAUUUUAUUAGUUCUCGCUAGGCUGGAAACGUGGGCCUGUCUCCGACGUCUUAAUCACCCGCGUCUGACUUCUCUUUUGCGUAUACCAAAUUUCAGGCUGGGUUGCCUGCCAGAUUAUGUGCCUCACUUUCCUCUCGCAUUAGCUUCAUCAGUCUCCCAGGUCCCAGUGCUGCGUGUACGUGGCUGCGUGUGACUCUUUAAUUUGUUUCGUUUGUGUGUAGGUGUAAUUGCUUACUUCUGUACUCGGUGUUUAUGAAUGUACAUGUGAGUGCUUGCAUCUCUGUGUGUGAAGCAGGAAAGGUGAGGGUGGAGGCGGAGUGAGGGUGAGCGUGUAAUUAGCCUCUCAUCGCCUUGGAAGCGGCGCUGUUUGGUGCUUAAGGAGGCUUUAAAAAUCCGACAUGGUACUGUGAGCGUUUGCCACGUUUCUCUACCCUAAUCCUGUAUGAAAUUAGCCAGAGAGAGUCUAAACGUAGGUUGUAGGACUAUACAUCAUAGCCAUCUGAGAUGCUGACGAGUCGCACAUGCAGCGAGCAGCGCAAACCAUCCCCAGUAAUCUGACUGAAAGCUGUAAAGGACCGGGUCAGGGACCAGUUGGGUCGGCUCCCGCUUCACCUCCGUGAGGCUGAUCCGAGCCCUGCGCCUCUUUUCUUCAUUCCUACCUGAACUGCAUUGAACCACCUGCACGCUAGGGGGCAAACGGCCUACGUCAGUGACUCACGGCCGAGCGAUCGAUCGGCUCAGGUCACCGCAGACUCACAUACACACUUAACAUACGUUUGUACACACACCACAUGAAAUCUCGCUCGAUAAGCUUAUGUAAAUACCGACCUAUCACUUUCCAAAUAUUACAGCAUACAUGUUGAUAGCUAUUUUAAAUAAGAAAAUGUGUCAAGACCCAUCAUAUGAUACAGAAACAGUGUUAUAAAAGCCUACUGUGAAUAAUAAGUGGAGAGCCUAUAGUAUGUGUGUAUGUGUGUGUGUGUGUGUGUGUGUGUGUGUGUGUGUGUGUGUGUGUGUGUGUGUGUGUGUGUGUGUGUGUGUGUGUGUGUGUGUGUGUGUGGACAGGCCAGGGGUGCGAGAAUGUUUCUGAAGCUGUAGAUUACUGUGUCAUGUCUGUCAGAAAGCUCAGAUGUGCUUUAAAUGUUCAAACGUUACCUUAAGUGUUUUCUAUACAGUGUUUGCAAAGAUCAAGAAACAAUUGCAUAUAAAGUAUUUACCAAGA